GAUACUGCCAAUUAUCUGACACUCUGACUACAUGGAUGUAAUUCGGUCACGAUGGUAGUGAUAUGGAGCAAAGGCAUUUCAGCAUCAGCAUCAGAAAUGGUUUCUGAAACGAAGAUGUAGCUGGGAAGUGGGGAUGCAGCGUCAAGCAAGACAUUAAACCUAUGCUGAUGUGGAAGUUCCGAAUUUAAAUAUUUCCAUUCAUCUGCUGAUUUUUGAUACAAUUUAUUCCCUUGUGUUUAAGUGAGUUAUGCAAGAAUUCAUGCUUCUCCAAAUUUUAAUUGGUUUCUCUGUGUUGGCGACGGCUAUCCCGAAGCCGGAUAACGAACACAAAACACGAGUUGUUAAUAAGGAACCAAGUGAAGAGGAACAUUUUAUUAACUCUCAACAUAAUCCAGCUUAUGACCAUGAAGCUUUCCUUGGUGAAGAAGCAAAAACUUUUGAUCAGCUUACUCCUGAAGAGAGCACACGAAGAUUAGGAAUAAUAGUCGAUAAAAUAGACAAAGAUAAAGAUGGUUAUGUUACUGGAGAAGAGCUUAAAGACUGGAUACUUUAUACACAACGACGCUACAUACGUGAUAAUGUUGAACGUCAAUGGAAAUCUCAUAAUCCUGAAGGAAAGGAGAAACUUCCAUGGUCAGAAUAUUUGGCAAUGGUUUAUGGAGAUAUGGAUGAACAGGAAGCAGAAAACCAUGAGAAAUCUAAAGACAAUUCUUUCUCGUAUGUGGCUAUGCUGAAAAAAGAUCGUAGACGUUGGUCAACUGCAGAUCUAGAUGGUGAUGAUGCUCUUACAAAAGAAGAAUUUGCUGCUUUUCUUCAUGCAGAAGAAGCAGAUCAUAUGAAAGAUGUUGUUGUGCUGGAAACUAUGGAAGACAUUGAUAAAGAUGGAGAUGGCAAAAUAUCUCUUUCUGAAUACAUUGGUGACAUGUAUGAUGGUGCUGAAGGUGAAGAAGAACCAGAAUGGGUAAAAAAUGAAAAGGAACAGUUUUCUAUGUAUCGAGACAAGGAUGGUGAUGGCUUCUUAGAUUUUGAGGAGGUUAAAACUUGGAUUACUCCAGCUGACUUUGACCAUGCAGAAGCUGAAUCUCGGCACUUAAUAUUUGAAGCAGACACAGAUGCGGAUCAAAAACUUACAAAAGAUGAAAUAUUAGAAAAGUACGAUAUUUUCGUUGGUUCACAGGCAACUGAUUUUGGCGAAGCAUUAGCCAGGCAUGAUGAAUUUUAACAAAAUUUCCUACAUGAUACUUAACUCUUUUAUAAAUAAACAAAAAGUACAUUUUAAA